GGACCUGGCCUCCCCUACCUGACGCGUGUUUCAUUUUUUUUCUUCACCAACCUGACCGAGCCUGAACCCCAAGGAGUCAAGGAGACCUCCUCCUCUCCGAUUGGCGCCGCUAGCUCCUGUCUCCUAGCCUCCUCGCAGCGGAAGGAAUUCUCCGCUGCCAGGCCACCGCAGGAGAAGCCGGCGGCGACGGUGGGGUUCCGGUUCCUGCCUAGUUUCGCGAGGCUGCCAGGAGGAAGCAUCUGGCAGAUUGUGGGGGGCUGUUUCUGAUGGGUGAUGGGCGUACUCUUAUAUCUUGGGCACUUUGGAAGCUUUCAAUUCUCGAUUUUUCGUGGGUAUCUGAAAUUACUGUCAGGAUCAAGCAAGUGUGGGUAACAGCAACUGAGCAGGCAGUUAACCAUAGCAGCUCAUUGGUUCUUGAUUGAUUUAGCAGCUUGCUGUUACUUGGUGUGUUGGCAGUUUACUGAUUCUUCUGAAGCAAGGAGGAAGCCAUGGACGGGAUCAUGGCGAGUGCCGCGACGGGGGCGAUGAGCUCCCUCCUCGCCAAGCUCGCCGAGCUGCUGAGGGAGGACUACCAGCUGCACAAGGGCAUGAGGCGCGAGGUCGCCUUCCUCAAGGAUGAGCUGAGCAGCAUGAACGCGCUCCUCGAGAGGCUGGCUGAUGUGGAGGUGCUUGACCCGCAGACGAGGGAGUGGCGCAACCAGGUGAGGGAGAUGUCAUAUGACAUUGAGGACUGUGUCGACGGUUACAUGCGCCAGCUGCGGAACGGACCGCAGAGGCCUAGUGGAGUCAUGGGGUUCUUCUUGGGGUAUGUUCAGAAAGUAAAGGAGCUUGUUACACGCCAUGAGAUCGCCGACCAGAUUCAGGAGCUCAGGGAUCGCAUUGUCGAGGCGGGACACAGAAGGAAGAGGUACAAGAUUGAUGAUGCAGUUAGUUUCGGUGGCAUCAAAGUGGUGCCUGUGGAUCGGCGGUUGCCGGCACUAUAUGCAGAAUUUGGUGGCCUUGUUGGUAUCAAUGUUCCCAGGGAUCAGAUCAUCAAGCUACUCGAUGCUGGGGUGCCAGGGAUGAAGGUAGUGUCUAUUGUCGGUUGUGGAGGAUUGGGAAAGACUACUGUUGCAAAUCAGGUUUACCGAAACAUUGCCGAGCAAUUUGAUUGCCAUGCUUUUGUGUCACUGUCCCAAAAUCCUGACAUGGUGAUGAUAUUUCGGUCUAUACUGUCACAAGUCAAGAAGAAUGAGUAUGACACCACCAACUCAUGUGAUCAGGAACAUCUCAUCAGAGAAUUGAGGGAUUUCCUAAAGGACAAGAGGUAUUUAAUUGUAAUUGAUGACCUGUGGAGCACCCAAUCAUGGAAGACAAUCAAAUUUGCUUUGUUUGAGAAUACUUGUGGUAGUAGAAUGAUAGUGACAACAAGAAUUGGUACUAUUGCCAAAUCAUGUUCGUCCCCACAGCAUGAUCUUGUAUAUGAAUUAAGGAUGCUAAGUGAGGAUGACUCUAAAAGACUUUUCUUUAGAAGAAUUUUUGGCUCUGAGGAUAAAUGCCCUUACCAACUAAAGGAGGUUUCAGCUGAAAUAGUUAGAAAGUGUGGUGGUUUACCAUUGGCAAUCAUUACUAUGGCUAGUUUGUUGACUACUAAGUCAUACACCAGAGCUGACUGGUUAAAGGUUUGCGAUUCAAUUGGUUCAGGACUUGAGAAAAAUGGGGAUGUGGUGGAAAUGAACUUGAUAUUAUCUCUUAGUUAUAAUCAUCUUCCUCAUCAUUUAAGGACAUGUUUACUGUAUCUAAGUAUGUUUCCAGAAGAUUAUGUGAUCAAGAGAGAUUAUUUGGUAAGAAGGUGGAUAGCAGAAGGAUUUGUCAAUGGAAAUGGUGGACGGAAUUUAGAGGAUGAAGGCGAAUGCUAUUUUAAUGAACUUAUUAACAGAAGCUUGGUUCAACCAGUAGAUUACCUGUAUGAUGAUAGAGUAUAUUCAUGCCGGGUGCACGAUAUGAUUCUUGAUCUCAUUACAUGCAAGGCGGUUGAAGAAAAUUUCAUCACUAUUGUUACUGAUAAAAAACAAAUGCUGGCUCCACAGGACAAGGUUCACCGACUCUCACUUGACUACCAUGGUCUUGAUAAUGGAACAGCAAAUCCCAUUGUUACUACUUAUGUUCGAUCCCUGAACAUAUUUAGAUACUCUGAACAAAUGAUUCCUCUUUCAGACUUUCAAGCUCUAAGAGUGCUUGAUCUAGAUGGUAAUGAGAAUUUAGAAAGCUGUUAUCUUCAAGAUGUAGGGAAGUUAUUUCAGUUGAGGUACCUGCGGAUUAAAGCAAGCAAUUUUACACUUCCGGAACAGGUAGGAGACCUCCAGUCCUUAGUAAUUCUGGAUCUUCUGAACUGUAUUAAUCUAGGUGAAUUGCCUGCCAGUAUUGUUAAACUUCGGCAGUUGAAAUGGUUACUUGCUCCUCCCGUGACCUUACCAGAUGGAGUUGGGAACAUGCAAGCUCUAGAGUCUGUAUCAUUUAUAACUGUGGACUACACUACCUCAAUAACGUUGUUGCAAGAGUUGUGCAGCUUGACCAGAUUGAGAACCCUCGGAUUGGAUUGGCACAUCAAUCCCCUGCAUAGAGACAAAAAAACAUAUGAGGCUAAUUUUGUUUCGUUGCUUGGUAAACUAGGCUGUUCCAAUCUUCAAUGUUUAACACUCAUCAGCCCUUGGUCACUAGACUUCUUGUUGGAUCCUUGGUCCCCAACUCCACACCUCCUUCGGGAAUUAGUGAUCAAAGGAUGGUAUCUCAGUAAGAUUCCAUCGUGGAUGGCAUCGCUAACCAACCUCACAUACCUGGAUGUUGAAGUUAAAGUGAGACAGGAAACUCUUCAGAUCCUUGGUGAUUUCCCUGCGUUGCAAUUCCUGAAAUUGCACUCAGAUCCAGCAGGCCCUGAGGAAAGGUGCCUUGUUAUCAGCAACAACGGAUUCCCGUGAAUGAAGAAGUUCAGCUUUGUUGGUUGGGUAAAUAUGAUAUUCAAAGAAGGAGCCAUGCCCGUGCUUGAAACUAUUGAAUUUGAAAUCAUUGUGCGUGACAUGCAGAUGGCUUGUGUGUUUGGUCAUCCAGAUUUUGGCAUCAGCCACCUUUCCACCCUCAGGAACCUUGUUGUCACUGUUCACUGUGAAGGUUCAAGAAUUGAAGAAGUGGAAGCAUUAGAGGCUGCUAUCCAGAGUGCAACCAGUAUGCUUCCUAACAAUGUUACACUAGCUUUGCAUAGAUUUCUCGAGUCAGAGAUGGUAAAAUGAUGAUGUAUGGAGACACAUGUAUUGAGUUGCAUGCACCAAGCAAUCGAACCCAUCCUUCGUUAAACGAUAUUUGAUCUUGAUGUACAUACUAACCUUAAAUCAAAGGAUAUACACUGUAUUUAGCUUUUCUCUAUUUCCCUUACGGUGUGAAUAUAUGACUUAUGUUUUUUUUUGCGAGAAAAUAUAUGACUUAUGUUAGC